CUGGCAAGCGCUCAAGAAUUGACUUUUGCUUGUCGCCUCUGUCAUUUCUUCAACUUCCACUCGAGCUGCGAGCUUUUUCCCUCGCAGGACAAUGAAAUUUAUUCCGCCACUGCUCGGGGAGACCAUGAAUCCCCGAUCAGGAUGGAAACUCUGCAGCAGCGUCCUCAUUAAAAUUCCCUGACCGUACACUCACCACGAAAACCUCCUUUCGUGGGUGGCACCGGCGUCCUGCGCGACACUUAAUUGCGCACCACGCAUUUAACCGGUGCUCACGGAUUACAUUUUCAUCACCGUGGCCGCGGAUCACGUUGCCUCGGAGCGGACAGCUGGUAGGCGUCCAAGCUAUUUACAACAUCAAGGCAGAGAGGAAAGGUGGGCACAGAGUCCCAGAGGUCCGGCGAGGGGUGGCGCCCGGCGCAUCUCAUCCAGCGCUUGGACGCACUGUGCCGCUUCCUGAGGGGACCCACACAGUCGGACACAGGCCAGUCCUGCUUUCUGCUGCCGGGGCUUCACUGGCGUGUGCUUAAGAGCUCAUGUGACAUUUCUUUGGUGGGGACUGGCAACAUGUGCGCCUGGCUCGUGUGAAGUGUGACACAGCGGCUUUGGGGAUUCAUUUCUCUCGGAUACGCCAAGUACCCGACGUUACGGCGCACCUUGUCUUAUAGAGAACCAUGAGCACUGUGGAGGAGGAGCCGGAUCACAUGAUACCAUGAAGACAAGCCUGCAGGUCCUGCGCUGCCAGCUGCUGAGUGUUCUAGCUUUCCUAGCACUGCCAGUAGGACUGGUGUCAUCAGCACAGGAGCUGUACCUCGGCCAGACGUCCCAGGACUCCGUCUCCAUGGCAGCCACCCAGAGCAGCCCCCUCACUGCCCCCAUCCUCUCCCACCUGGACUGGCAUAAGGAGGGAUCCAGCAGCGGGGAAUGGCCCCCUAAAGGAGCCAGUCACCCCACAAACAUCAUCCUCCGCACUGUGGCACUUCCCUCCCAGGGCUGGCUUCACACCACCCAAAUCCCCCACAGCCUCAGCCUGGCCUCUGAAGACCCUCCCAUUCACAAUGCAAAUACUGUCAGUCCAAACACUGUGAGCACUGCAAGCACCAAACCGGGUCAUGUGACCGGGAGCGGUGUGAGUCAGCCCCAGGAGCCAGGCUCUGAUGUUGUCAACCAGAGCCACAUGCACAAAUUGGUCAGGGCAUCUCAAGCUCAUAACCCAGAUACUGUCAGCAUUAACCAGGCCAGCAGCAGUCCUAAAUCUCCCAGCCUAGCUGCCCCACAUAUAGAGGAGCAGUCUGCUGCCAGGGGGGCUCCAGACUCCCUGGCUCCUGUGUCCAGCUCUGCCUCAGAAAGAGAAAGAGGUGAUACACUGGGACUGGGGCUUUCUACCCCUCAGGCCCCUGCACACCAUGUGGAGCCUCAGAAGUUGAGCAUGGAGGAGCCAACCGACCCCAGUCAGCAGUAUGUUCCCCAGCUGCAGCCUUCCUCCCUCACCUCCUCCUCGGUAGACACAGACCCUGCACUAGGCCUGACACUCAGUGAGCAUGGCACCCCCGAGCUGGCCCCACCCCACACCAUCACCGUGAGGGAGGCGCACUUGGGCAUCAAUGAGCCCCCCACCAUGGAGCUGGUGGCAGAGCCAGAGGGAGAGUCUGUCUCUCCAGUCGAGAGCCCACCACAGAGUCUUACUUCCCCUGUGCCCACCCCUCCCUCCGCCUCAACCGUGGCCCUUGAGCCCAGCCCCAACACGCACCACAAUCCAACCGCCAUCCCAAGCAACCACUCUAUCCCAAACAACACCACUGUUGAGGAAGCUGGAGGCAGGGACGUCCCGCUAACACCGCUUCCACCUCAGGGUAAUGGCACAGACAGCGCCCCUCUUGGACACUGGCAGGGGAACGUCACCACAGACAGGGGGCUGCUCUCUAACGGCAACUCAGCGGAGGAGCCUUCCUCUCAGGCGAACAGCUCGUCCCCGAACAGCUUGGAUCCCCCAUCAGACAGCGGGAACUUCCUGAACAGGCUGGUGCCCGCCACCACCCACGACCCCUGGGUACCCGGUAACACCUCGGACCCCACUCUCAACUCCCCGCUGUCCAGGGCAACCAUCUGCCUGAGCAAGAUGGACAUUGUGUGGAUUGUCCUGGCCAUCAGUGUUCCUGUGUCCUCUUGUUCUGUGCUGUUGACUGUGUGCUGUAUGAGGAGGAAGAAGAAGUCGUCAAGUCAGGAGAACAACCUCAGCUACUGGAACAACGCCAUCACCAUGGACUACUUCAGCAGGCAUGCUGUGGAGCUGCCCAGAGAGAUACACACUCUGGAGAGUGAGGAGCACGACACCUGUCUACCCCCCAAUGGAGACUACAGCGGCAGCAGUGUGGUCCUGGUGAACCCUUUCUGCCAGGAGACCCUCUUCAUCAACAGAGACAAAGCCUGUGACAUCUAGAGAAAGAGAGAGGGACACUGGUGGACUGGACUGUCAAAAUAAAAGCCUCCCCCACUUGCUUUCUCCUCCUUUAUCCCUCCUCCCUUGCUGUUGUUGUCUAUUUUAUAUAUGUGGUAAAUAUUCAGAGACUUGGCUUUAUACUGUAUAUUAAAAAAAACACAAAGAGCAGACUGAAAGAAGAGCGAUGUAAACAAGACACUAUUUACUAUGAGGAUGCACCCGCAUAUUUUUCUGAUGUACAUUUUCUACAAAAAAGCUUAAUUGUGAUAAAGGUUUUUAUGUCUUUAUAAAAAAUACAGAGUAUAUGUGGUUUCGUUUCCUUACAGUGGCUUGGUGGUGAGUGCACUGUGGAUGUCGCCACUUGAAUUCUGCUUUAGAGAGAAAUGUGCUAUAAAAAAAAAAAAAAACAUUGAGAAGCGUUUCCUUUUAUUUUUAUUGUUCUUUAAAAUCAGUCCCAAAAUACUUAGCCUGUUGAACUUGAAUUCUGCACCUACGUACUUGGGGGGAGGUACAGAGGUUUCUGUAAAAUAUGUGAGGCCAGAUCCUAGUAGAAAGGAAAUGGUUGAUAGCUGUGGUUAUGGUGGUGGUAAUGGUUGAUUUGAAGAGAACGGUUGAUUGAUUUGGGCUCUGCAUCCAGAAAGGGAACGGUUUGGAGGCACAGUGCAUCUGUCGAUCAAGUCGAAUGGACAUAAAAUGGCUUUUCCCCCUCAUGUGUCACCAGCUUCUCUUAAGAGGGACCACGUUGAUGUCUUAAAUUCCUUACGUCAAGUUGUCGUUAGCUCUCUAUCGGUAUGCGUGCGUGAAUGGCCCGUUUCUGCAUGCAAGCAUGUGUGUACGUCUGUGUGUGCAUGUGUGAAUGUGCAAGUGUGUGCUUAGACGUACAGACAGGUGACACAUUACGAGGGAAAAAACCAACAUGAAAGUGACUCAGUGAGGUGUUGAGCUGCUUCAGAACAGCUUCAGUGCUCUUCAAGUCUCUGGAGCUCUCUACCUGGAAGGAUGGAGCGCCGUUCUUCCAAAAGAUAUUCCCUCAUUUGGUGUUUUGAUGAUGGUGGCGGAGAGCGCUGUCUAACAUGUUGGUCCAGAAUCUCCCACAGGUGUUCAGUUGAGCUGACAUCUGGUGACUGUGAAGACCAUAGCAUAAGAUUUACGUCAUUUUCAUCCCAGUCAACCCAUUCAGUGAGCCCUCGUGCCCUGGGGAUGGGGCUGUGUCAUCAUCGGAUAAAUUUGAUCACUCAGAAUAUCUUUGUAUGGAUUUGCAGCGUCCCUCUCCUCUAAGGGGACCCCAGCCAUGUCAGCAAAAUGCCCCCCACAGUGUAACAGAGCCAGGGGACCCUCUCAUUGAAGGGGUCCAGCAUUCAGGCCUGUGGCGUUCUCUUGGUGGACGCCACACCUGCACUCGCCUGUUUGUCCAGAAUUUUUCCAUAUCUCUGUAAACCAGUGCCUGUAGUUUUUGCACGACUGAACUCUCUUAGUAAUGAGGGCUUUAAGCACUGCAGCCCUGCUAUAAUAUCUCUCUCUCUCUAUGUACAAUAUCGUUUGAAAAAAAUGGUAUUCACCCCCUAGACUUCCAGAGACUUGCAGAAUCGAUGCUGGGAUGCACUGAAGCUCGUGCUGGCCCAACUCCCUUCACUUCACGUUGGUUUUUCCUGUAAUUUGUCCAUCUGUCUGCAUGUUGAAAUGUGUUGCCCCUUACCCACAUGUCACUGUUACAUAAAGUCAAACACAAGGUGUUUCCAUCACUCUCAGUUCAGUUUCAUCUGUCUCCAUGUAUGUUUUUAAGUCGGUCUGCCUGUCUCUUGGUCUCUAUGCCUGUAUCAUGGAGUGGUUACUAUUUUUCUCAACCCUGUAGAAAACAUCCACGCCGACCCUGCAAAAUGUCUCCCUCCAUAAGUGAAGUAUGUGUUCAUCAAUGCAAACAUUGUUCAUUGCAGUGCAGAUGUUGAAUGAUUUUGAAAUAACUGCUGGACCAGGUAAAUGUAAAAGGCCGUGAAAAUAUAUUCUUUACCGGUGAAAUACAGAGAUAAAUAUAUGCUGAAUAUUUACUGUGAGCACAAACAGAGGCAGUUUAAUGGAAAAAAAAAAGAGAUGCAUUUAGAUAUUUUUUUUAAUUACUGAAUCUGUGGCCCUUCUUUUAUCAAGGUUUUACUUUGCAUUGUUGCAGUUUUAUUCAGUAAUCAAUGCUGCCUGCCUCUAUCAUCGCU